CGUCGGCUGCUUUCCAAGUGGGAGCAAGUGCGAGCCACUCGCUUCCACUUCCAUCCGCAGGACUCCAUCUCUCCCCGUUACCUGCUCCGUCCUCAAGUCCGUUGCCCCAAGCCCUGAUCCCUUCCUCUCCGAUCGCUUCAAUCGUUCGGUUUCUCGUUGCCAUGGCCGGCACCGCGGAGGAUUUCGUGAAGGGCCGGGUCUUCCCUAACGGUGUCGCCGUCAUCACCCUCGACCGCCCCAAAGCCCUCAACGCCAUGAAUCUAGAGAUGGACUUGAGAUUUAAGGGUUUUCUAGAUGAGUGGGAAUCAGAUCCCAGUGUAAAAUGCAUCUUAGUAGAAAGCAGCUCACCUCGUGCCUUUUCAGCAGGAAUGGAUAUCAAGGGUCUUGUAGCAGAAAUUCAGAAGGACAAAACUACAUCACUUGUAACAAAGGUCUUUGCUGCAGAAUAUUCUCUUAUAUGUAAAAUUUCUGACUAUAGAAAGCCUUAUAUAUCCUUAAUGGAUGGUGUGACUAUGGGGUUUGGUAUUGGGUUAUCUGGCCACGGUCGAUAUCGCAUAAUCACUGAGAAAACUCUCCUUGCCAUGCCAGAAAAUGGAAUUGGUUUGUUUCCAGAUGUUGGAUUUGCUUAUAUCGCUGCUAGAACCCCAGGAGGAGGUGCAAUUGGUGCUUAUCUUGGACUGACUGGGAAAAGAAUAUCGUCUCCUGCUGAUGCGCUGUAUAUCGGUCUUGGAACACAUCAUGUCCCAUCUGGAAGCUUGGCUGCACUCAAGGAAGCUCUGCUAAAUGCCAACUUCUCCAGUGAGCCUGACAAAGACAUCCAGGCACUGUUAGCUGAAUACGAGAAACCUGUUUUAGAGGCUCAAAUGAAAACAUUCUUAUCUCAGAUUGUUUCAUCUUUUGGUGCACAUAGAUCAGUCGCUGAGACAAUAGAAGAGCUGAAAAGGCAUCAAAUGAGUACUGACUCUACAGUGGCAGAAUGGGCUAGUGAUGCUCUUUCCGGACUUGGUAAAGGUGCUCCUUUUUCUCUUUGCAUUACCCAGAAGCAUUUCUCCAAAGUUGCAUUGGCACAUGAAAACAAUGAACAUCAUUUAUCAAAACUAAGUGGAGUUAUGAAGGCUGAAUUUCGGAUCGCCUUGAGAUCCUCAGUUCGAGAUGAUUUUGCUGAAGGUGUCCGAGCAGUGUUAGUGGACAAGGACCAGAAUCCAAAGUGGAACCCAUCGAGAUUGGAGGAUGUCGACGUGGCUGAAGUGGAGUCAGUUUUCGAUCCUUUACCUGCUGAAAAUGAAUUAGAUGUAUAGCGACCUACAAGAUAUGAAGUCAUCAUAAGGCAAUCAUCCAACAAAACAUCAUUAAUAAAGAACACAUGAACUGAAUACUGCCUAGGUAUAUGCCUCUUUUGUCAUCUUAUUCAUCGCUAUGAUUGCAGCAGGCUACUAAGAACUGUUUUGCAGACAUUUAAGGUGGUCUGUUAUCGUUUACAAAUGUUGAAUUUGGAAUCUUUUGCCUAUGAGAAAGAUGGCCGACCAUAAACUAACUUUCAUGUCC